AUGCAAGGGCUCGAUAAAACUCCCCGUCAUGGAGAGUGUACAGUGCCAGUGUUUAACUCAGCGUCAUUCAAGUUUCCCAGCUCAGCUGCUGCCGACGAUGCCUUCAGUGCUGUCCCAGAUGUACAGCGUUGGGUCUAUAGCCGCUUUGGUAACGUAUGGUAUGCAUGCCUCACAGUAUCAUUCCCCGCUUACAAAGAGCAGCCAACGAACGAUGCAUUCGAACGACGCAUGGUCGCUCUCGAGGAUGGCGUCGACGCUGUGUCGCUGGCGUCCGGAGCAGCCGCCACAUUGACUGUUGCCAUGUCUCUGGCAAGGGUUGGAGACAACGUAAUCGUAUCUAACUUUACCCACGGGGGAACCUUUCAUCAAUUUAAGCUCAUCAUGGCACAAAUGGGGGUCGAGAGUCGAUUCUGCAACACCAAUGACCUCGAACGCGUCCGCUCGCUUCUAGAUGAACGAACCAAGUUCAUCUUCACCGAAACCAUAGGGAAUCCGAAAUUCUCAGUUGCCGAUCUGGAACCUCUCGCCGAGAUCGCUCACGGGGCUCAAAUACCUCUCGUUGUCGAUGCUACAUUUACGGCGGCAGGCUAUUUCUGCCAGCCUGCCCGCUGGGGCGCCGAUAUCAUCAUCCACUCGGCCACUAAGUGGAUAGGGGGUCAUGGCACCACUCUCGGUGGCGUCGUCAUCGAAACAGGCCGGUCGGACUGGCAAUCCAACGUCGCCCGAUUUCCACAACUCCACGGCCGUCAGUUCGGCUCUGAAAAGGUUGUCGGCACCAAUCUCUACACCGCUCUUGGGUCUCGAGCCUACAUGCAGAUGCUGAAGUGGGAUUUCAUGAGAGAUACAGGCGCCUGUCUUGCCGCACCCUCAGCCCAGCAGCUCUGCAUCGGUCUCGAAACCCUGCCGCUGAGAUGCGAGAGGCAGACAAACAAUGCUGAUCAACUUGCCCGUUGGCUGCGUGCUCACUCGCGAGUGGCCUGGGUCCGAUACCUGGGUUUUGAAGAUCACCCGGAUCAUGCAUUGGCCAAAAAGUAUUUUACACCAGGUCACGGCUUUGGUUCAGUGCUCACUUUCGGCCUCAAGGGCGGAGCAGCUGAAGGUUUUGCCCUCAUUGAUGCGUUCAAGCUAGUCACCAACACACCGAAUGUUGGCGACGCAAAGACAAUCAUCGGGCAUCACUGGUCAACAACGCACAAACAAUGCAGCCCGGAGGAGAUGGAGAACAUGGGCGUUUACGAGGAUUUGUUAAGGCUAUCUCUAGGCAUUGAGCACAUCAGUGAUAUCGUCCGGGAUUUUGAGCAGGCUCUGGACCAGACGUCCCAUCUUGCGGCGAAGCAAGAAGGUGCUUCUAUGGGUAGCCUAUGA